GAUGAACACAGUACCUUGGACUUCUGUUUGUAUUUAUAAAACCAAUUAAGUGUUGCAUCCUUCAGCAUUCAGUCACCAUUAACGGGUCUGCUUUACCACACCAAAUUUUCAUUCCCAUUACUACUCUCUUCCUUGAUCAAACAUGCUUGACAUGUGCUUGAAUUUAGAACUUGUUAGCCCUGAAGACUUGUUCUCCUGCAAGGACGUCCUGCAGCCCCCUAAAAUAUCUCUGCAAUGCCACGCAGGACGGCAGUAUGCCUUUGCAAGUGUGUUAAGAAUAGAUCCACAAUAGGGCUCGCGCCCAUCUUCUGUUGUCUCAGGACAGCCAGUUGUCUGCAGGGGGGCUCAGGGAAAGGGAGCAUUGCCCCUCAUUGUCACUCCUGUCCUGAUUUUAGUGACCAGAACCUUGACCGUGGUCCACCUGUAUGAGGUCUACUGUGGGACUUAACCGGCUGGAAGUUAUUUGGUGUUACUUAAGGUUCUGCUUGUGGGAUCAGCAAACAUGAUGGGAUCAAGUCCUUUGGAAAUCAUUUUUAUCUCUGUCAAUCACAGCAUAACCUUAAUGGGUGAGUGGAGUCCCUGAUCUUUAAGGUUCUAUCUAAAAGGUGGCAUUUCCAAUACAGUUUCUGCUUCCGUUUCAGGAAAGGUGUGGCUCAUUGUGAUGAUCUUUCUACGCGUCCUCAUCCUCCUUUUUGCUGGUUACCCUCUUUACCAGGACGAACAGGAGCGAUUCAUUUGCAACACCAUUCAACCCGGAUGCACCAACGUGUGCUACGAUAUUUAUUCUCCCAUCUCUCUUUUCCGCUUCUGGCUGGUGCAGCUUGUCACUUUAUGUCUGCCUUAUGUUGUCUUUACCAUCUAUGUGGUCCAUAGGGUGUCAAACAGACUCACUGUGGUCAUGGGUUCCUCCAAUCAAAGUAAAGUCAUAGAGCUUUACAAAAUCCAGCAGGAGCUAUCCGCAAAGAAGAUACCUCCAGGAGUGGAGAAAGGGUGGCUGCGAUGCUUCACAGGAGCCUACAUCCUACAGUUGAUAUUUAGGACGUUGCUUGAAGCUGGAUUUGGAGCGGCUCACUACUAUAUAUUUGGUUUCUACAUCCCCAGGAGGUACCUAUGCCAGAACCCCCCAUGUACCACCCAAGUGGAUUGCUACAUCUCUAGACCCACCGAGAAGACUGUGAUGCUCAACUUCAUGCUCGGUGUGGCGGCUCUGUCCCUUUUCCUCAACGUUCUGGAUUUGAUUUGUGCCAUUAAGCGAUCUGUGGAGCAGAAAAGUAAGGCAAAGAUGAUGGAGGAUCUUUAUGAGGAUUGCUAUGGAGACUUAAAUACCUCCCUGGAUCAACAAGCUGUACAAUCUGAGGCUGGUCAAAAAGGAAGUUUCGGGAAGAGGCAAGGCAGCAGGGGUUCUAACAGAGGGAUUGGAUCAAGUCAGGAUGCAACCUCUAUGCCUUGUUCCUUGGAACCUCUGGGCUGCAACACCAACGGGAACAACGGCUACUCUGCCUCCCAAGAGGAGACUCCAGAGACGGAAGGCAGUGAGGUGGCUCUCUGUCCCACGGGAUCUCCAAAAGCUAUUUGUGUCGAUAAACGCAGCAGGCUCAAGCCUCCGCCGCCCCCAAGACGAGGCUCGGGUUAUCACGCUGCGGCGUCACCAAGGCCUCUUCGACAUGAUUCCAUGACAACCGCAGCCUGCACCAGGAGGAUUGGUCAGUACACGUUGGUGGAGCUGGGUGGUGGCGCCGAGCUCUCCAAUGAUGAAAGUCAUGAAAAAAGGUCAGAGUGGGUGUGACUUGCUUCUUUUAUUCAAGACGUUGCCAUGCAAGAGCAACAUGAGAGCCAGCUCACGUAGGAACAACUGUCAGUGUCGCCCAGCUACCUUGUCAUGCUUAGUCAGCGCAUUUGCCUCCUGAUAUUUGCCAGCAGAUCACAUUGCCUUGGUUUGAUGUGAAGUGACAAUGUCCCGGCGUGAAAAGAAGCCUUAACCGCCCUUGAGCGCAUGUUAACCUUGAGUUGAAUCUAAAACUGCAGGCCACCUGUUUCCACGCCUCACUGUCCACAAACAAGGAGAGGCCUUGACCUGUCCCACGUAUCUCACCUCAUGUGGUCAAAGUUGAUCUAAUGAGCCUUUGGGCCUGUGCUGGGCUGCCUGUUUGACCGUUUGGUUGGUGUGGAAAAGAAAAACAAUGUACAGGCUGAGCUGUUGAUACCAGUGCAAAAGACAAGUGAGGAUUCCUAAAGUCAUUCUGCAUCCCCAAAAGGUUUUGUAUUUAUGGGGACAGCUUGCCAUUCUAUUUUAGGGCCUUGCGGAGCUUAGGAGGAGCAACAUCAAAAGCAAUAGAGGCCAGUAAACCGCUGUGUUGCCCCAGGGACAUUGAUUUGCUUUCACAGAUUGUACCACCAAACCCCCACAGUCUCCCACAGAAUGCUAACGGUCCACUCAGCCUUGUCCGCUUCAUGUGAAGUGAGCAUGGCUUGCGAGAGUAAAUCAUUUACUCUCAUGCGCUCCCAGCUCCGACAGUCGUCUUUGUGUAAAUUGAUAGCGCUUGAUCUUUCAUGCUGGUGGCAUCUUUUUUUUUUGAAGGUAGAAACCAAAGCUCCAGGCCUUCUGGAUUCCCAAUGCUGCUCUCUGAUUGACUUGAGUGAAUGAGCAGGAGGGCGGCAUUUUGUCAGAUGACUGUCAGUGUGUCACGACACACCUUCUACCUGCUUCAGUUACAAAAGACUCCCUCUUCGUUUGCUCAAAACUUUAGAUGUGUUGUUCACCUGAAAGGCCAUCAUUGCCUUCUUAAUGCAACUAUAUAUUUAGUAUUUGUUACUUUUGAAGCAUUCAGCACCUUUAGUUAAAGGCUCCUUUCUGUGCAACCUCUGACGGACUGGUGUGCUCCAGAUAUAAUAGUUAUCUAAUGCUGUAUGUACCGAUGUAAAAAUGAUAAAGCACAAUGUCUAAUGAAAAUACUGUACAAAACACGCGGGGAACACCAACUCACCAUCAGUGUGAGUCUGGACUUGAACAGAGAAAAAUGAUAAAGUCCAUUUUGCUGCAGAGUAUUGUUUUGGUAGUAGUAUACAGAACACGCACUAGCAUGUAUUAUUAUACAAGUCGCUUCCCAUUAGCCUGGUAGCCAGUAUAAUCCACAUAUUACCGUGUGCGCAUGUGUCUGUUUUCUCCUCUCUCGUCUCCCAACAGGCAGGAAGGGGGUUCACCUCGGCACAUUUGUUCUAUAGAACAAGGGCAUGAACAGAGUGAGCCCUGUUGUCAGUGGCUUGGGCUUGGUGGGUGGAGGCGGGGCCUCUAGCAUACACACGGCGCUGUAGGGUGUAAGCGUGUAGAAAUCAAAUGAUGUUCAUCUGGUGACAUCUGCCUUAAUACUCAUACUGAACUCAUCAUAAUUCUUCUAGUGUACUGAUUCUACAAAUACUGAAUCUGACAAAGGUGUAUGCAUGAUGUCCCGUUUCUCAGCAUAUGCGGGGCUGCUAAUGUGUCUUUUUCACAUGCAAAGCAGGUCCUUAGGACAAGCAGGACCAGCUCUACCUGGAUGUGCCACAUACUGUAGGCUUUUCCCUUCAGGGGUUCGCCACAGCAAAUCAAUCUCCUCCAUCCAACCCUGUCUUCUGCAUCUGGUUGAUCUAAUGGUUUGAUUGAAUGAAAUACAACUUCUUCUACACUUGCACCAUGUCUCCUGACUGCUCACCUGGGUUCAAUGAUUCCAUUGCCAAGACACUACAUAGUAAGCUGCGCUGACUUCAUGCUCCUCAGUUGCGGGGGACGAAAAGCCACGGACAGUGACUGCAGGACAGGUGCCCCAGCCUGUGGGAUCCACCAAUGGCGAGCCAAGAAGCAAGGCCAGGAGGCUGGACAUUCACUGCUUUGAGUCAACGUUCUAUGCCUGUGGUCUGGUAGGAGGCUGUGAAGCCUGUUUUCCACAGCAGGAGUACGUCUUACAUUGUGUAUGGGUAACCAUUAGGGGUGUGCAACGCAGCCCGUAUUAGUAUUUGUAUUUCUUGAGGUGGGAAAAGUAUUUGUAUUUGAGUAAAAUUUUUAAUGAAACAUAAAUACUACUACAAAUAAUAAUUAAGAAUAAAUUGAUGUGUUUUCAUAAAUCUACCAAUGAACCUGUAAGGAAAAUAAUAAUAGCCAUAACCUCAUGGAUGGCUGAACCAAAAACAAAUAUCAUUGUGAACAUAACCCCCCCCCAUUUGGUACCUUUUAAGUUAGGGUGGGGUCACACUUAACCCCACCCAGGAGUGCAUCCAAUUCUACCCAAGUUCCCAAGCCUUACUUAGUUAACCGUUUAAAGCCAAUGUGAACGUUACACUGUCAACAGCCUUAACGUUAGCGAGCUAAUGCUAACAGAGCCAACAAGGGAACGCCCAACCUCAGAAGUAGAAACUAGCAACUAAAUGCAGCCCAUCGGAAUCGUCUCCCGGUCAAACGCCGCUAUUACUGAUAGUUGAAAACAGCGCCUGAACCCCAGUUGAGGUGAAAGGUCGUAUGUUUACAAAGCAAAAUACAGAUGCAACUCAGUUGAGCCUCCGCAGACUGCUCUGUUGCUGUGUCCCCGCCCCCGACUGCUGAACACCAGUCAUCAUUCCAUUGGCUGAUCCGGGCAUGCACGUGGGUCUCACCAAGAAAAUCAGCUUUCUGAUUGGAUGUUGUCAUUGUUCCCCAGUACUAGUAUUUUAUAAAGCAUUUGUUAUAAACAGGUAUUCGGGUUCGGCCCCACCCCUAGUAACCCUGAUGUCUGCCACAGCAUCAUGCACAGCAGAAAUAAAGCCACACAUUUUGGGAGAGACGCUUGAUGAAUAAGUGGGCUUGGAGUGCAUGUUGGUCAAAUCCGCAUUUCACUGCAGCACAGCAGCAACUUGACAAGCUGUUUACGCUAAGCUCCGCUAAAUCAAAUUCCCUCCCCACUAAUCUCAUUUUGUUUACUGCUAACAGUAAGUACAUUAGCAACUGCAAAGCCUGUCUGGAUUGACUUGAUUUACCUUCACUGAAAGGCUGAAGUCCCCACCGGGACUAAUACUGAGGAAUGCGGCUAACCAGCUGUACAUUCAUCAACUUCUUUUUCAGUCUGGCACCUUUAAGUUGGGAUGGGUCCAGGCUGAGAUGUACGAGUCAUCGGCUGAUUUAAAACACUCACCUUCUUACUGAAUCGGCUCUCGCGGGUACCAGUCUCCCUUGUGGCACUUGGUUCACUUGCGCAGCCUGGGGACUGGACUGUCAUGGCCCCAUGGUGGCUCUUUGGGCAUCUGCAGCUCAGCUGCUGGACCUGUUGUGCAUAUGCGAUUCUUCUGCACAUGUGCUGCAAUUCCUCUCUGGGAGGGAGUCACAAGACGGGCAAUCAAAAGGAAUGGAGUUGCCCACCGCUGCUUCAGGCUGCUGACCAAUAUGACGUGGUCGGUGGUUCACAGGACAAAAGUGCUGCUUAGAACAUUUAUUCUCCCAGCAAAGUGUACAUGUCCCAAGUAACAUGGCUUUCUAUAUUCGUCACAUAUGAACUGACCAGUUUUGUGUGGGAGGACAAGUGACUUGUCUUUAUCAAAAUGCAUCACAGCAUUGGAAUUUGUACUAAGUUGAGUAUUUGCAGCAGAUACUUCACUGAUAUUCCUGAUUCUAAAGUUAUUUCAUACCAUUUGAAAAAGCGAUGACCUGUACGUCUGUAUAGAAAAUACAAACGCCUGUGAAGUCUGGAUGUGUAAGAACAUAAGCAUGGUCAAACUUUAUA